AUGGACGGCCUCAAACCAGCUAUAUCCUCCAUGUCACUAGGUCGCGCCUGGAUCCAUUCCAUGCCCAGCAAACUCUCCGCCGCCUCCACCCACCACAUCCACGGUCUCGAGAUAUUCUACAAAGAUCUCGAAGAUCUCGCACGAGCGGAAUCAAACAGCGAGACCCCCUCCCCAGAAGCUCUUCUCCAUGCUGCUUCUACCAUUAAAGCGCUCUGCGACGAAUGA